AAAUGCAUGGAGUGUGGAAAGAGCUUCAGCCAAUCCAGUGGUCUCGUUAUUCAUAAAAGGAUCCACACAAGGGAGAAACCAUACAAAUGCAUGGAGUGUGGGAAGAGCUUCAGCCAACCCAGUGGCCUCAUUAUUCAUAAAAGGAUCCACACAGGGGAGAAGCCAUUUAAAUGUACGGAGUGUGGAAAGUCUUUUAGUCAGAGCACUCACCUUACUGGCCAUAAAAUGAUCCACACAGGGGAGAAGCCAUUUAAAUGCACAGAGUGUGGAAAGGGCUUCACUUUAAACUGUUCUCUUACAUACCAUCAAAGGAUCCACACGAGGGAGAAACCAUAUGACUGCAUGGAGUGUGGAAAGUCUUUUAGUCAGAGCAAUCACCUUACUGGCCAUCAAAGAAUCCACACAGGGCAGAAGCCAAGAUAAAUGCAUGGACUUUGGAGAGAGCUUUAGGAGGAGAAAUGACCUAAUUUCCCUUACAGAGAUACGCUUGGGUGGGAAUGUAUGUUAAUUCUAGAAAGUUAGUUACAUGUAUUAAUUUUUGUAUUUA